AUGAUCCGAUCCAUGUCCUUUGCCCACGAAACUGUUACACUCGAGCAAAAGUGGAAAGCUCUCUACCACUUCGAUAUCUUUCACAUACCUCCCUGGGCCUUCUUGCUCGUCCGUUACGACUGGAUCGGUGCACCAUUCGCUACCAUGGCGCGUGAGAUACCCGGUUUCUACUAUGAUGAGGACAAAAAGAAGUAUUUCAAGAUCGAGGCCAAUCAUGCCGCUGCCCCAAAUGCGCAGUACUCCCAGCAAUCCGUCAAGCGACGCCGGAUCGAGAAAGAGACCCGUGAGAAGACGGCACAGUCACAGCAGCGCAUAGCAAAAGAGACUGUCCGCAAGGCCACCUCACUGCGUCAUCCCUUGGUGAAUCUGCAAAGAGAAAUGGGAAUCCUUGGCUUUUCCUCGACCGCUAGACAAGAACAGCGCGCUCGCAUCCAGGCGAGCCAACUACAUCGGACGGAUCUCCACCGCUUUGAGCCAUGGCCCAAUACCUAUGGCAUCAGCCAUGUCUUGCGCAACCCGCGUUCGGGAACUUUGAUUGCCAGCACGGCUCGCGGUGCUGAAUCGUCUGUAUCGGUGUGCUUCCCUGAUAUUGAAGGGUCACAGUGGACUUACGACCAAACCAUGGAGCGGAUGCUCUUCAGAGAGCCGUACUGGAUAGGAUCCAUGUCCUUGAGUCAAACAGGAUACCUUCUCGCAACAAUGAACAACGGACCCCAAGGCGAUACCUUCCUCUCGGUCCACCGCCUCCCAGAACCCGACGAAGGCGGCAACUACGUCUGGCCCAUCUGCCUCUCAGUUCUCCAUCCAAUCAGGAUCAGAGCUGACUACAAAAUGUCGCUCUGGAGCUCGGCAGCCCAGCCUUCAGGAUCAAGCACCCAUUUUGCCAUUGGAACAUCCGAAGGACUCCACACUCUCGAGGCAACCGACAACUCCUGGGUUCUAUACAAGAAGCCAUACAACGGUGGGACUGAGCUAGAUAAUGGAAAAGGUUCCAAGUAUCGUAAGCACAAGAAGAGCGUCCAUGCCGUCGAAUGGUUGUCGCCCACCGUCAUCGCAGCGGGACAGAAGAGCUGCCGAAUCUUCCUCCACGAUUUGCGCAGUGCGGGCAGUGUCACGCGUCUGCGGCACAAUGAUUCUGUGAUGGAUAUGAAGUGCAUGGAUGAGCAUCGGCUCGUGGCGGCAGGACCAUCCUCGCUGCGAAUGUACGACCUACGCUUUGCGCCAACCGCAUCAGCUUAUUCUCCCACCCCGCCUUACCUCCCCUUCCCCGACUACUCAUCACCUCCAUCACCAAAUUUCGACCUGAGCCCGGAGCUGGGCCUACUAGCUAAUCCUACACAGGACUGCCAAGUCCAGAUAUUCUCCUUGCAAACUGGCCGGCAAGUUGACUCCCCCCUCAAGGGACAUCGGUAUUCAGAGCUACCUACCUGUGUGCGAUUUGAAUACGGGAACGAUACCCCGGAGUGGCGGGGCCCACAGGCGCCUACUUUGCUGGUUGGCGCAGGUGACGUCGUCGAACAAUGGACAUGGUAA